AUGAAUAUGCACCAUACUAAGGCCACUUUGGCUCCUACAAACAUAUCGACAUGGAUUACGUCAAUGACUCCGGUUCCACACGAACCAAAGAUGGUGCAUGGACAACCAAUAUUGAAGUCACCAGAUCUUACCCCUGCAGAACGACAAUACUGGGAAAAUUACAACGUUACCACAUAUUUCACAUCGGAAUUGGGUAAUAGGACCGCGUUUAACUAUCAUGUUGCUACCAUUCUUCUAAUAACUGUAAUAAUCUAUCCAAUAUGCAUGAUUUUACAAAAUGUGGGAUCCAAAAGGUACUUAUGGUGUUUAACAUUCAAUCUUUUAUUGACAUUAUCAUCGCUAUUGAGCAUUGCAAUCUUCCACGGUUCGUUUAAAUCCUACCACAUUUAUGCAAGUAACAUUUAUGGCAAGUUGUCAUGGAUCCUCUUUAGUUUAAUCUUGGUCCAUUACAUAGUUGCUGUAUUAAUGACCCUUAGCGGAAAAAGACCAACAAUAAUAAACACUCGUCGUCAAAACGAUAGCAAUGACCACACCUUUAUCACGCCAGAAUCAGAUACACAAGAUAUCCAACUUGAUGAUAUGUCAACCCUAUCUCCAGGUACAUCAAUUACUGCUGAGGAUAGUUCAAACGAAAUUGAUCUAGAGCAACAACAACCGUCUCUGGUUGGCAAAUCUGAAAAUUUUAGAUUCAACCAGGACACUGUUGUAUAUAAGUGGGUCAGAAAAUUAAGUCCUCUUGGAAAGCUGUUUUUUCCAUGGCUUAAUAUCAUGCUGUUUGCGUUUCUUCUAGUAUAUAUUACCAUGGGUCUUGCCAUCGGUAAUUUGUUUGGUAAAGGGGUCAGAAUCUUUAAUUUAUUGGCCCAUUGGAUCAAAGGUGGAGUUUUUUUCACCUUAGGUAUUGUAGCUUUGGCUAGAUAUUGUGGUUUAGGUUAUAAUCACGGAUGGGCAUGGAAUAGAAUUAUAGUUUACUCCUCUUCUGAUGGAAAUGAUUAUAGGGAUACCGGUUUAUUGUCAAAGAUACUUAACCCUGAAGGUAUGAUAACCAUGGAAGCGCUGGAAUCAUUUUUAAUAUUCUUUUAUGGUAUCACUAACGUGUUUCUGGAGCAUUUGGCAGGCGCGGGUGGUGCAUGGACUCCAAAGGAUUUACAACAUGUAUCCAUUGCAUUCAUUUACAUUGGUGCAGGAUUGUGUGGAUUAUUGGUAGAAGUGAAAUUAAAUCAAUGGAGAUAUAAACACACUAUAGCCAACAUCGAGGAAGAUGAGAAUCAUAAGGUGGUUGUAAGGGCAUCGCCAGGUUUUUCUCCUAAUCCAUUUCCUGCUUUGACAAUAUUUUGGACCGGAAUACUGAUGUCCCAACAUGCGCAAAUUUCAAUGACCUCUACUUUAAUUCACACUCAAUGGGGCUAUCUGUUAUCCUAUGGCUCUUUUUUCAGAUUAUUUACUUUCUUGCUAUUAUUAUUUCAUCCGAAUAAAAGUGCAAAACCCUCAUACCCAUUCACUGAACUAAUCACGUCAUUUUGUUUAAUCUGUGGAGGUAUUGUCUUUAUGGAAUCUACCGAUCAAGUUGUUGAAGCAUUGGAAUAUAGAGGUUAUACCCCAAUGUUUACAUUCAAUUUAAGUGUUGGACUUACAUCGUUGAUUAUGGCGUGGGAGAUGACAUUAGCUAUGUGGCAUGAUUGGCUUACUGAACAACGCCAUGACAACGCUUCUUCUAGCUAUAUCGAGGCUUAA